UAUUCGAUCACUUGUGCGAAGGCAUUUCUGUGAGUGUUUCUCUUCAUCUGGUGUUAUUUUGUUUUCACAACGUGUCACGAUGACGGCGAUUGAUUGCAAAAUUAUAUCGCAGAGUGGUAGUGAGGUUGCGCACCAGGUGGAGUGUUGGUAGCUCAGUUCACGUACGGAGAGCGUGAAAGAAGCCCCUCGGGCAGCAACAGUGGCAGUGGGGCGCGACGACAGGAGAAUGUGGUGAGCGCCAGCAGUGGAGCAGUGAUGAAAGUGCGAUGGAAGCAAAACAAUAUUAACAGUGCGGACAAAACAAACAAAAAGGUUAAUGCACGACGAAUGGAGCAAGAGCUGUGCGGGACAUUAAUGAAUUGCAAACAGUGAGUGGAAAACGUCAACAAAUUUAGAAACGACUCAGGUGUGUGAGAGAUAAAUAAUCACUACUACGAGACUAGUUGUUGACAUUUUUGGAUGUUGUGUAAGUGGCUCGCGGAACCAGGAAGCAAACAUUGCCCAGCAAGCUUCGGAGCUGAGUGUUGGUUGUUUUACGUGCCGCUAUUUAGUUAGCGACUGAGAUUGCUGGGGUGCGCAUUGGCGCUCAGUGAGUGCUGUGAGUGUCAGUGAGCAAAGGAGGUGCAUUUUUUUAGUAUCGAUUUCUAAUGAACGUUACUCGUGGCAAGUUGUUUUAGUUGGUUCGAACCGAAUUUCUGCCGCACAGUUGUUAGCGGUGAGUUCAUCGCUGAUGGAUUCCGUUUUCAUUACCGGACUGCGGUGUGAUGAUAAUACUCCUCCUCUCACGAUAGUAUUGAUUGAGACGAGAGGUCUUGGUCCGGCUGUAGCCUAACAGGUUUCAAGUUGUUCGAGGCAGGCAAUGUGUCACGAGAAGUGAUGAUAUGUGGCCGAGUGUGGUAUCGGAGCAGAUAUUUUGCGAUGCUUUUUUGGUCUAUUUAAAUUGUGGAAUGCCUGAAGUCAGAAUGUAGAGAAGAGCCACAAAAAACCUCGAGUUAAUGGGCGUGUGUUGAGGGAAGCAAAACAGUGAAGCAACUUAGUGGCAGGAGCAAAAUAGGAAGAAAAAAAGUACGGUGUUUAAAGGUCGGUGUCAAUGGUGAGAAAAAGUGUAUAAAUAAAAUACGAAAAACCGAUUGUUUUCGAUGGAACGAGGUUGAAUGUCAACUAGUUGUGAGCGAGCGGAAUAAACAACUUUUUACUGAAGUUAAUCGGACGGUGAUGAGCAUAAAGAGUCGUAAUCCGAUUCGCCGGAGUGUUGAUAGAUAAAUUGUGCAAAGCUCAACGAUAUACAAAAGAUUCUCUACUGUGUGGGUGCGGCUUGGUUCGGUCGAGACACGUCGGCAAAAUGGCUAGACAAAACGACAUCGACGGUUGCUCAUUUCACGUGCCACUGAAUUUCUCGACCAUCGAGUACCUUCCCCCCAUCCGUAGCGCCUCCCACAACAACAGCAAUGUCAACAAAAGCCGUACCGCCACAAUCGGGACCUCCCCAAUCUCCCGCGCAGUUGUCACCUUCGCCACCUCCUCCGAUUGUAGUGUUACGUUCUUCGAAGGUUCCUUCGGCGGUCGUUGUUGAGCAUCCUGCAACUGUGGGAUCCCAAGCAGUGGUACGGGUGCUGCAUAAAGACUCGGACCCGAACGGCCGUACGGGCGCGUCGUCCGCGCUGAAGAACCUUUCCAACGAUCUGAGUGAACUGCUCGUCAAGAACCUCAGCUUGAAGCGAAACAGCGAAGGCUUCUGCUCGGUGGAGGAUUCCUCGGUGCUGAUAAACGGCGGCAACGAAUCCGACGGCAGUGCUGCUCAGAACAGUGGCGGCGGCAGUUUAGGUUUGAUAUCCCGCGGCAAGCAUGCAAAUCGUAACUCGCUGUGCGACACAUUCAGCUCGGUGAACAAGCUGAUUAAGCUGAAGCGUGUUUCGAGUGAUAGCAGUAGUAUUAGUGGUUAUACGAAAAUUUAUCAUCCGGGCGUGGUGGUGAGUCCGUCGGAAGGGACGCCACAGCAACACAGUAUCAAUCCGUCUCCGCAGGCCAAGUUCAAACGCGUAGAAAUCAGUGUCCAAGAAUUGCCUUGCGAAUCAGUGGCUCCGCGGAAGGGUAUUAUAGUGAAUCAGUUCGACCUACUAGAGUCGUCACAUGAGAGUGAAAGUGUGCCUCUUUUGGUGAACGGAAAGUGUGUUCGGGAGGAUAGAGAAGAAUUGGAAGAGGGGGAGGAAUCCAAACGUGAAGAAGUAGCGGGAGGGUCCAAAGUGCAAACUUGUGAUAGUAUAGGGGUUAAGUUUAGGAGAAGAAUUCAGCAUCCGGCACUGCCGCAUCCGCAGUCAGUGAGGUUGACCCGGGGUGUCGGAUCCAUCCUGGAGACCGUAGAGGAAGAGCGCUACAAGAGAAGAAGCCUGCAGUGGCCGUUGGGAAUAGGGCCGGGUGGUUGGGGCAGUGAGGGAGUGACGGAUUCAACGAUUAUCGACGAGGAAGGAUCACCGGACGGUGGGGUAGGGGAGGAACGCAAGAGGAGAACUCAUUUUCGGCAUUCGUGGAACGCUCCCGGAUACGAUUUACUGCUGGAGGAAGAUCGGAGCGUGGAUUCGCGGAAGGACUUUGCUUCGAUCGUACACAACCUGGCUGGUUUACGGAGCGCACUCGCCAAUGGCGGUUCCCACGAGUCCGCAUCGCUGCUGGAGCCACAUUCGCCUCAGUUCAGUGGCCCCCGACCGUUGUUCGUUUCGGGCGGUGGCGGCAUUGGCGGCGGCGGAGGAGGAGGAGCUGGCAACAUGCAAACCAAUCGUCGAUCCCCAUCCGGUUGCAAUCCAUCCUCACCGGUAGUGCCAUCGAUGGCCACCGAUGGCAGCCAUCCGGCUUCCCUCGGGGCCCCGGUUCCACGAAAACGUCGGCUGGAAGCCUUUCUCAAAAGCCUUGUGGGUCGAAGGCCAUCGAAGGAGCCGCCACCAGCGCCGCCGCCGCCCCCUCCACCAUCUGCUCCUCUAACGACAGCAAGCAACGUACCGCUGUUGUCGUCGCCUGAGAUUAAAAUCAGCAAAAGUCCCUCCGAGCAUAACCUGGUCGAGAUGACGCGAAGCCGACUUAACAUUUCAACGACUUCGCUCAGCUCCGUUCACCAGAAGCUGUGGUCGGUGGUUCCUCUGCUGAAGAAAGACGUCAGCUGCACCAGUCUGGCACCGCCGAAAUCCGUGCCUCUGCUGGGCUCACAGCCGAAGAGCGGACUGCGGAAGUGCGAAACAGUUCUCGCUUUAACCAAUUCCGCCCAAUCGGUCGAACCCAUCAAACCGCAGAAUCGGCUGCGCAAUUGUGCUUCGGUUGCCACGUGCUCCCGUUGUUCUAGUCUCUUAUCGCUCGCAGCGGCCGGAUCGCGGUACUCCCUCAACCUGUCCAACGGUGGCUUCGUGGCCGUUGGUGGUGCCAACUCGCAGCCCACUGGCGGCGCCGGUCCGGCCGAAACCGGCAAACACGUCGGCAACCUUCUCCGGCUUACGAAAACCUCAUCCGGAACGUCAUCCUCCUGCUCCCCGUCGCCCAGCGCUUCCUCAUGCUCCUCAUCGCCGUCGUCGUCGUCGGGAUCCUCCUCGUCAUCGUCCAACAGCAGUAGCCGGGUUUCGGUGACCUCGAGAGCGGCCAUCCUGGUGGCACCGCCCAGCCCCACCGUAGUGACGGCCAGCCUGGCUCCAGCUGUUAAACUCACCUGCAAGCUGUGCCUCGGGGAACACAGUACCGAGAAUCUCACUCGGAUAUCGCAGUGCGGUUGCUCGUUCUGUACGGAGUGCAUGACGGCGUACGUCGAGUUCGAGAUCUCCGAAGGUGCUUACGAGGUGUCCUGUCCGGAUGCGAUGUGUCCCGCCCAGGGGAUCAUCACGAUCGGCGAGAUCAUUACGCUGGCAUCGCCCUCGCUGGUGGAGAAACACCACCGCUAUCGACUGAAUAGAGAAGUAGAACUGGACAAGUUCCGCACCUGGUGCCCGCGGGCGGGCUGCGAAACGAUUUGCCAGGUCGGCCAGAAUGGCCAGCCACUGCAGUCCACCAACCACCAAACGAACAGCAACGCGUCUUCCGAUAGAAUAGUGCAGCUGCCGGCGUCUUCGUCGGGUUUACCGUCGCCCUGUGCGGUGCACUGUCCAACCUGUCGGGAGGACUUCUGCUCCGGUUGCAAGAAGACCUGGCACCCGACGAUGUCCUGCGAGGAGAAUACUCGUCGGCUGGCGGCCGACGGCGAAACGGACGCCCUCGGUAUCCCCUUCGACAAUGAUCUCAUCAAGUGCUGUCCGAUGUGCGCCGUGCCCAUCGAGAAGGACGAAGGCUGUGCGCAGAUGAUGUGCAAACGGUGCAAGCACGUCUUCUGCUGGUACUGUUUGGCUAGUUUAGACGACGACUUCUUGCUGCGGCACUACGACAAGGGUCCCUGCAAGAACAAACUCGGUCACUCGCGGGCGUCAGUUGUGUGGCACCGGGCGCAGGUGAUCGGCAUUUUUGCCGGGUUUGGUAUACUUUUGCUGGUGGCUUCGCCGCUGUUGCUGCUGGCGGCACCCUGCAUUGUCUGCUGCAAGUGUCGAAUCUGCAGUGGUGCUGCCAAACUUGAAGAAACGGAAGUGGACUACGAUGAUGCGGCGGUCGUGCUGCAGACUCAGCGAUAAGCGGAAUUUCGGAUUGAUUUUUUUGUUUUACACGAGGACUUUUCAAGGAUGGGUAUUUACGACGUUGAAAAUGUAGGAUAACUGUCGAAAGUGAAUUUUUAAUGUUGGCGAAAGGUUUAUACUAAUAACAUAGACUUUACCAAUAA